AUGUGGAUUGUAGCCAAUGAUGGAGGCUUCAUCAAGCCUCAAAAGGUCAAUGUCCUCACAGUCAUGAAUGCGGAGCGUGUUACCGUUAUGGUAAAACUGAACCAGAAUCCCAAAGACUAUGCCAUUCGUUUCCAUGCUCUGAGCGAUCUCCAAUCUCUUCAAGGGUAUGCUAUCUUGCGCUAUCCUCAUCGAAGAACUGGCCAAACUUUGGGCGCUCCAAUGCCGCGACCCGAUCAGGAUCUCUCUUCCAUGCUGCUAGACGGCACUCCUAAGGCUGACGCGAUUCUUGAGGAUAAGAUGGUCGCGCACCCAUAUCCAGAGCAACCGCCCCAUCGCAAGGCAGACAUCACACUACGAUUCAAAGCUACGGGUGCACCAGAUCCUUACAACCCUCACAUCACCAAUUGUUCUCUGAAUGGAGUUUCCUGGCAGAUCUUUCGAGCCCUUCAGGAUCCACUCAUUCUUGAUCCGAAUGAACAAUUCGACCGGCCCAAUCCAACCGUCAACAAUCUUCCCCUGGGAAGUGUCGUUGAUAUCAUUGUCGAAAAUGACCUCCCGGUCCCAUUACCGAUGUACAAGCACAAUGACCCCACCUUUUUCCUGGGGAAAGGAGACACCAAGUUCAAGUGGAAAGACGUUGCCGAAGCAAAAGAGCAGAAUCCAAAGGCUAUUAAUUUGGAGAAUCCCCCUCUUGGAUACCUCCAUGAACUGCCGGCAAGUGGAUGGAUGGCAGUACGAUGGAAAAUAACGCAGCCAGCCAUGACUAUGUUCCACGUUUUUCGCGUGCGUUACUUCGUUCUCGGCAUGCAAGUGCCUCUUUACGAAGGCGACGAUGCUUGGCCUGAAAUUCCCGACUGGGUUGGGAAGCGCCCGCACGUUGACUUUGAGACUCCCGAACAUGGUGGGAUUUUUGAUUGA